AUGCCAUCCUUCAAGGAAUUGAUCGCCAAGUUGCGAUCCCGCUCUAGCCGCGCCGCUACCGGCAACGAUAACCGCGCUUCUACUGCUAACGGCAAUGGUCAAAAGAGCGCGCCGGCCCCCGUUCCUGCGGCACAGGCAAAUCAAAAUCAACAGGUCAUGGCAUCUGCCACGGCCCCCACCCUCACUGUCUCCCUCAAGAACGCAAGCAGCAGCAGUGCCGUGUACGUCUAUGUCACCGGUCAAGCGCUAGACAAUGGCAAUCGCCCCAUGUUCCUUCAGUCGGAUGGUGUGACCAUCUACUACCCGGCAUCUCCUGCUACCGUUGGCUCGCCGCUCGCAGCAGACGUUGCUAUCCCAUUGGGUGCUCCUGGAACGACCAAAAACGUCACCAUUCCGAGGAUUGCGGGAGGUCGUGUGUGGUUCGCUAUUGGGGGCAAGCUCACCUUUGCGCUCAACCCUGGACCUGGUGUCGUUGAGCCCUCCGUCUCGAAUCCCAGCGACCCUAAUAUUAACAUCAAUUGGGGCUUCUGCGAGUUCACCUAUAACUCCGACCAGCUUUUUGCCAACAUCUCAUGCGUCGACUUCAUUAGUAUCCCAGUCGCGCUCACACUGACCGGCACUUCUGGUACCGUCCAGUCUGUACCAGGGUUGCCAGCCAACGGACUGACAACUAUUGUCAAUGGCCUCAAACAACAGGCAGCCAGCGAUGGCCGCCCAUGGGACAAGUUGGUCUACCCAGCCACGGGCACACCGCUACGCGUGCUUUCGCCACUCAAGCUCCUUGACAGCAGCGCGACCGCAUGGGACGGCUACUGGGACAAUUAUGUGAACCAAGUCUGGACCCGCUUCAGCAGCACCGAUAUGACCGUCAACACGCAAGCAGCCGCCGGCAACGUCACCGGACGUGUUUCCAACGGUCAACUGUCCCUCGGCUCUGCCGGUACCUUCAGUAAACCCAACGCGCGCGACAUUUGGACCUGUAGCGAGGGACCUUUUGCGACAGGCGACAACGCCGCACGCAACGCCGUCAUUCCUCGUUUGGCUGCCGCAUUCAAUCGUAGUACGCUCUUGGACGCAACGCAGUUCCCCAACGGCAGUACCCCGGCAAACUACUACAAGAACGCGACUACUAACCAUUACUCGCGUCUCGUCCACCAGACUAUGAAGGACGGCCGCGGCUACGCGUUCCCAUACGACGAUGUCGUUCCCGAUGGCGGCGCCGACGUCGCUGGCACAGUCUUCGACGGCAGCCCUUCGAACUGGACGAUCGCUAUCGGAGGUAGUUAG